CACGGCCCAGUCUAGAAUUUCUCAGUAAAUUUUAAAGAGCGCUCGUCCAAAAGACUGUCGCCUUCCUGUUCGUCUCAUUUCUUGCUUACGCAUCUAGUCUUGUCCCUUUGCCAACUAACGGUUGAGUUGGAGACAUACACUGUCUAAAAGUGUCUAAAUGUUGACUGACGGCCAGAUGGGCAUCACCUCGCUUGCUGCCAGGCCCAACAGCCAUUGAAGACGAUCGACCUUUCUACACAGAGCAAUCGCAAACACGACUCAGCUCUUUACAGUCGCUAUAGAACCAAACAAAGGAGUUCUUGAAACUAUUUUCACUGACAAAAGGGCUACGGUACAUCGGCGGUGGCUGCAGUCCCUCAGGAGCUUCUUUGGCCACUUUUUCGGGGGCGCUCACGUGACCGUGCUUACGUCCAAACAUCGCUGAACUAUGCACAGAGAGGAGAGGAAGCAACUCGUGGGCGUUAGAAAUUAGGCACGGCGCUGCAGCAAGCCAUGGGGAGGCAGUUUGGAAGUCUGUGGCCGGUCUUUGCCUUGUCUGCAAUAUCCAUACAAAUAGUUGGAGUUGUCCACGCCGAUAUUCCUGAAGUCUCGGUGAGAGCUCUGAAGGACUCUCUACAAGGACCUUUCGGCGUCAUCAGGCACCACCUAACGAACCCCUCAGGAAAGGCAGCGGCCAGGACACACAUCAAAGAUGUGUUUGAAGAGUACGGCUUGGAAGUUACUGUUCAGAACUUCACUGGGCCGGGGGGAAACCUGGAUGAAAGAGGCACCAACAUCAUCGGCGUGAAGCGCGGGAAACUGAACGGAACUUCAGGCGACAAGAUUGUGGCUGUGGGGGCGCAUUACGACACCGUGUCCAACUCUCCAGGUGUUAAUGAUGACGGAUCCGGAAUGGCGGCCUUGCUAGAGAUCGUCAGGGUGAUGACGUCAUGUAGUCAACAGAAUUACACCACCAUAUUUGUGGCGUUCGACAAGAGCGAAGUUCACGGUGUCUCCCCCCUUGACGUCUCCAUCAACCCCUGUCAGACCAAGCUCGGGUCGGACGACUUUGUCUGCUCCUGGCUCCUCCCCUUCCUCCAGUCUUCAGGAGGUCCAGAAUUCCAGGGAAUCUUCAUGUUGGAGACCAUCAUGAACUAUGACCCGCGGACAUACGUGCAAUACUUUCCUGAAAGAUUCCAAGUGAUGUACCCAAACGCGUACCUUGACUCCACAACCGCCAACAUGUCGGGAAACUUCCUCAUGUUGAUCCACAAGCCUGACGAGGCAGAGCUGGUGACGGCGUUACAGCAGACAUGGGCGGAGACCACACAGGAACCCGCCGCGGCCAAGUUACUGGACGUCACGGUACAAUCGGAAGGCAGAGCAGCAGCUGGCUCUUACAUCUUCGGGCCAAGUGACUGUCUGCCGUUUUGGGCAAAAGCCCCGUACUUCCGAUGUGUGUCUUUGACAGAUACAGCUAAUUACCGAGGAACUAUGCGGCAGUGUUACCACAACCCAUGUGACAACGUCACCAGCAUCACUGACGAGAAGUUGACCUUCCUGGCCAAGGUCACGAACGCCGUGGUGCAGACGACUCUAAGACUUGCUCAGGUCAACAUGGACUCCUGCUCCGCAGACUUGUGUCUAGACUACCAUGACCAGUGUCCGGACUGGGCGGCGGCCGGGGAGUGCGGGCGGAACGAGGGAUACAUGCUGGGGGCGUGCAGGAAGAGCUGUGAUACCUGCGCACAAGAUUUCUGUAUGGACUACUACCACCGGUGUGAGGACUGGGCGGCUGACGGGGAGUGUGACCAGAAUCCCCGGUACAUGAUGGUGGCCUGCCGCCUGAGCUGUAACGCCUGCGAAGUGCCAACAACACCAACGGGUUGUAAAGACGACAACGCUCUGUGCCCGGCCUGGGCGUCUGACGGGGAGUGUGAAACUAACCCCACAUGGAUGCUGGAUUCAUGCCAGCUCAGCUGUGGAUCCUGUGCAGUAGAGUGCAAGCCUGGGUUCAAGGGUUACCGUGGGAAGUGCGAGGCCAGUCGGACGUACAAGUUAUCCAUCCGCCUCAAGUCCCGCCCGUUCUCAGACGCCCUGAGGAAGAACCAGAGUACGGAGUACGUGGCCCUGGCCGCCGAGGUGACGGACACCGUCCAGGAUCUCUUCCGGAUUUCUAACAUCUCGGAGGUCUUCCAGGGAGCCACAGUCCUGGGCUUCCGGGCGGGGAGUGUGAUUACUGACCUGAAGGUCCACAUCUUGCAGUCAGCAGAGGAAGGUCAGGAGGAGGUUAUAGCGGCGUUCCGUGAAGCUCUGGAAUAUAAGAACGGGACAGAAUUGAACAUCGACUUGAACCUGUUCGAUGUGACGGACAUGGACGAGUGUGCCGCCCCCCAGCACAACGACUGUUCGGACAAGGCGUCGUGUACGAACACGGUGGGAUCCUUUACCUGCCAGUGCCGGGACGGGUACGAGGACCAGUCGGCCGCUCGUGGCGACAACCCCGGGCGGGUUUGCGUGGUCCCCGCGGGGAAGAGCAAGGCGGUGUGGAUCGCCGUUGCCUGCGGGGUUUUACUAGCCUGCAUCGUGGUCGGGGUAGUGAUCUACAAGCGUAGACAGCGGAAGAACGCUGAGCAGGAAGCCAUCAUACAGGGGGACAGGGAAGCCAUCAUUCAGGAACCUUUCGAGGACGCACACUCAUCCCCCGCUAGGAGCACACCCAUCCAACUUGGCCGGAUGUCUUGAAGAUAUCUCCAAGUCUUUAAGGAAAAGCUCCCCUAACCGACACUAUAGAGGAAAGGCAAUAUCCAGAUACAAAAAUAUGAACGUAGAUCGUUUUAAUUCUGCAAGUUUCCUAACUGUGCCAAUUUGUAAUCAUAACAUAAGAAUAUUUCCCAGGUAAGCGAUUUCCUUGGUAAUAUAUCUUAACACUGAAGAUAUUAUUAUCAUUAUCAACGAUCAACUGUGGAAAAUAUGUCAAUUGUAUUAAAAUCACAAGUGGCGA